AUGCCCAUCCAGCUCCGCCCGUGCUCCCACGAUGACAUGCCAGCAAUCGCUGCGAUCAUGAAGCACUACGUUCUCAACACCGUCAUCACACUCGCUUUCGACCCUCCCUCAAUAGAAGAGCUAGAGAAGAAAUGGAAAAAGACUAUUGAAGCUGGCUAUCCAUACGUCAUAGCCUUCGAAGAUGUGGACGGUGUGCAGCAAGUUGUAGGUUUCGGUUGUGCAAAUGGUUAUCGAGGCGACAGGAGGGGAUACCGGCACACUGCCGAGCUGUCGCUGUUUUGCCAUCACGAAUAUACUGGCCGAGGCAUCGGGCCGGUACUACUGAAUAAACUCAUACAGAUACUCAAAGCGCCGAUGCACUUCCCCGACUUCGUCCCCGCUCCGAGAGGGGAAGAUGACAGAACUAGGAUGCUGAUUGCUUGCAUGAGCCACGACGAUUCCAGCUGGGGCGCUGGCUUUGGGCUUCGAGAUUUUUACGUCAAGCAUGGAUUCGAGGAGGUUGCCCAUCUGAAGAAGGUCGGCCGCAAGUUCGACCGCUGGUAA